CGGAAGAAAUAAUAUAAACGAUGGAGGUAUGCGCAAUGAAGGGAACGACGAAAAUGAUACUAAUGACAAAACUACAACAACUGCUUCUUCAGAAGUGGACUGCGGCAACAAUUUCAACGCAGCUGUAUGCAACAUAACACUUGCUGGUAAACUGUUGAUAGUACUGGACGGUAAUAAGGAUGGUAUGAUCAUGAAGAAUAACGGAUUGAAAUGCUUUUGUGAACUAGUGUAUUCCAAUCUCAACGCAACCAAUGUAACAGCAGAAGUUCUGACUGGUAGCAAUGAAGCCACAAACUGUUCCUCUAUAGACAAGGAACGUGUCAAUAAAACUCUUCUUCAAGAGAGAUUAAACUUCUUGAAUUCAAUAUACAACCCCAAAGUUGGGGAAGAAGGAAUGGCGUUGAUUGUAUCAGAUAGUUCCAACCCGUCUGAUUUAUUUAAUAAUUUCCCAGAUGAGAAAGAAGAGCCGUUCAUAUAUUUUGUUAGUGUUGGAAAGCAAAAGAACACGAGCAUUGAGGACUCUUGUCAUCGGCAGUACAGAUUUAUCAAUGAUAUGUCUGAAAUUUCAACCAUCGGAUCGGAAUUGAUGGAAAAUGCAUGUAAUCCUAGGGCUUAUAUGGAAAAUAAUUGUGCAAGUACAACUGCGAUCGAAAGUACGAUAUCAACACCCUCCCAACAAGCUACAGUGCAAAUGCCCAUUGUUGUCGUUGGUGUUCUUGGGGCUCUGAUUCUGGCAGUAGUUAUUGUUCUUUGCCUAAUUUUUACUCCAAAAUGUAGGAGAAACGGAAAAUCGAAAGAAGAAACAUCGGUAGAGUUUACAGCUGUGGACAACAGAGUUGGGGGAAUAUCUGAACUCCUUUACGCGGAAGGCAGAACGUUUCAGUCAAAUUUAUCAAGAGAUUGGCAAAACAUCUGUAGUGAAGAGCAGACUAAGAAAAACAAGGAGAAUGCGGAAAACUGUAACUAUCUGCACAUGAAAUUUAGAGAGGAUAAGAUUGAUCCCUCAAUCUAUGAACGCAUGACGGCGAAGGAAGAUUCAGGUCAUACAAUUAAAGCAAUUGCAACCAACUAGGAAAUUCGUAGGACGAAAAAAACGGUAAAGUUUGGACAAAAAUAUGGAAGAAAACUAUUUUGUUUAAUUAAAAAAUGCAUCCCCAUCAAACUAUGUAACUUUUUU